GCGGCCAGCUCGGGAGGCUGGCGGCGCGGAGUCCCACGGUCCGAGUCCUGCGAGGACUUCGCCGCCAGGGGGCAGGCUAGCAUCAUGGCCACCAAGUGGUUCACCGGCGCGCCCUUCGGGGUGCAGAGCCACAGGUUUGAUGUCUCCGCUGUUUAUCCCAACCAGAAGAAGUUAAGCACCUUCACAGAAGCUCCUUACUCCAGGGCUUACUCUGUAGAUGUGUCCCACAUAGGACCCGGGACCUAUGGCUUCAAGGAGACCUGCUUCAGCAACAAGAAACUGAAGAAAGAGGUGGGCACAGGUUGGGCCAAGGCCCAGGAAGCCACCCGGCUGACCCAGCUGCCCCACUUCCAGUACCAGGCCAUCAUGAAAGAGAAACGGCAGCAGAAGAAAAAGCUGGGGCCUGGCUCCUACAACUUCAAAGACUUCCUAGAAGAGUUGCAGUCAAAACCAGGCAGCACUCGUGGGCUGCUCAGCUCUGGGGAGAUUCGCUUCCGAGGACUCAUUGGGAACUACUAUCCAGGGCCUGGAAAUUACGGGGAGAAGGGCAACCCAUUCACAAAGCUGGAGGAGAGUGCCUGGAACCGGUCUCACUCCGAGGGCCUCAUGUGCAGAAUGACCAACCAGCGGCGCCCCUUGGCUCACCAGGGGAGUGGUCUGGCACCGGGCACUUACACCUUCAAAAGUGGCAUCGAAGUGUGCCUGGCAAAAGUCACGGGCACCCGUGGCCCCUAUGACAUCUUCUCUGGUGACCGAAGCAAGCCCCAGCCUUACGGACAUUACUCUGUGCAGAAAAAAAGACCCAGGGAACUGACGAAUUUCCAGAGCUUCGUGGAGGAACUUAACCUGCAUCACAAUAAGAAGCAUGGAGUUUUUUCAAAAGUUCCUCGCAACCCGGAAACCCCUACAGAAAGAAUCUAUUGGGCCACCCUUAGCCAGUGCCCCCGAAAACUAGCUACAUCUGGUCCUGGUAUGUGGCUUCCUCCAGAGAAGGAGUCCAAACACACCAACCAGCCUCCCUUCCUGCUCUCCUCCAAGCGGUCAGGGAUGAAGGCCUACCAGCUGAUCCUGGGAAACUGGAACCCGGUAGGGGUGGGUCGCUACCUCAACACCCAGCUGUUGGAGACAAAGGACCAUCGGCAGCGAUACCGGUCCCUGUUCAUGGGUGGAUCCAAGCGGUACCCCUCGGACCCAGUCCGGGAGAGGAUCAUGCAGGAAAGAAUCACGCCUUUUACUAAGGGGAAGUGUGUGCCAACUGUGGAUCAUAAUUCAGAUCCUUAAAGCUGCCCAUGAAGGACAACCUGCAGUGACCAGAGGACCUGAAACCUGAAGACAAAUCUGGGGGUGGGAGGGUAGGAGUGGGAAUGGGGAGUCUUGGAGAAAGGACACAUGGCAAUGCCUGGGAGAGGGGGGAGAGGUGUGGUGGGAUCACUUUUGCUGGAGACACCUACCAGAAGGUCAUGGUGUUUUCUGGGACAGCAAGGCCAGAUAUCUUUUGAUACCAAAGAUCGAUUAUCCUGAGAAUUCAAAUAGGCCAGUGACAUGAACACGGGAGCCAGACAGCAGAUGGACUAAAGGGGUGGGAUGUGGUUGGCCCUCUUGGAACCCCUCCUAUUCUAAAGCCAAAAUGCUUGACUCCCUGUUCAGUAAAAUGCAAAGAGAGUUAGGAGAGUGUAGCAUAUGUCCUAAAGUGGCUGUAUGCCCUCUCCAGGGAAUACUCCAUCUCCAUCCCAGGAUGCUUCUGGAAGCUUGGCAGGGCCAAAUGCCAUGAGGAAGUUUCUGACCUCCUGGCAAUGUGCAGCCAUUGGGAACAAUCAGAUACACCCCUCAAGUCAGACCUCGUGGGCAUGCCAGUCUUGCCCAGUGGUAGGUCUGCACAAGUUGGUCACAGUAUCCUGAGCUUCUGCCCUCACUGUUUUCGAAGAGAGAGAGAUUGGGUGGGAUGGCAGGAGUGUGCUGUUCUUAGGGAAAAGGAGACAGGUUCACAGCUUCAGUCACAAAACCCCCAUAAUGAUAAAAAUACUUCAGACACCCUUAAGAGCACGGGUGCUUUAUAGAAAAGCAGUUACUUCCUCACUCAUGUCAAAAUGAGUUUUGGAAGAAGUAAAACUGCUGUUAUUCACAGGUCUACUGAAAAAAAAAAUCCUGUUUAAUCCUCGAAAGGCUGAUAGUGUGAUAGGUUCACACUAGGUCUAAUAAGUCAGCAUUGUUUCGGGAAAUAAGAUCAAUAUACUCAAAUCAACAAUUUCUGUACACUAGCAAUAGAAAUUGAAAAUGCCAUAUAUAAUAACAUCACAACUGUGAAAUACCUAGGUAUAACUGAUGAAAGAUGUGUAAGAUUUGUACAGUGAAAGCUUUAAAAUGCUUCUGAGAGAAAUUAAAGAAGACCUAAAUAAAAGGAAAGAUAUACCAUAA